AUGGUAAAUAACUCGUCCAGCUGCAUGAUGUUGGACGAAGCGUUCUACGACGAUCCGCUCAUCACCAAAGUCGAAAGCCACACUAAUGAAGUCAACUUCCUGAAGAGACCGAUGACGUUGGACUUGAACUCUUGCAAUAACGAAAACUCAGCUAAGAAACUGAAACUCCUGCCACCCAUGUUGACGUCGCCCGACCUACGCAUGCUCAAGUUCAACUCUCCCGAAUUGGAACGGUACUACUUAUCCCAACAAGCCGCCCUUGGCCAUAUAAGCACACCCACGCCGUCUCUGUUUCCGAAGUCUGUGACCGAGGAACAAGAAAUGUAUGUACAACCGUUUGUCGAAGCGCUCAAAUGCCUACACCACAACAACGAUUCUAACAGUGCCACUCAAGUAGAAAUACCAAUGACCAGCAGUGGUAGUAAUUCUUCGGAAUACCAAUCAGAACCCCAGUACUCUGUGUUGAUGACUUCAAACGACUUUUCCAAUAUUAUACCUCAACAUGUUAUCAAAGAAGAACCUCAAACUGUACCCAGUGUCACGUCUUCAUCACCACCCAUGUCACCAAUCAACAUGGAAUCCCAAGAAAAAAUUAAACUCGAAAGGAAAAGACAAAGGAACCGAGUGGCUGCAUCCAAAUGCCGCCGAAGAAAAUUGGAACGUAUUGCCAAGCUAGAGGAUAAAGUUAAAGUACUGAAAAAUGAAAAUACUGAACUUACCACAGUAUUGAACAGACUCUUGGAGCAGAUAUGUCAAUUAAAACAAACCGUUGUUGAACACAUGCAUAAUGGAUGUGAAUUUGCAGUCAACUGCCUGUGA